CUUCGGCACUACAGUUGUGGGGAAUGUAUUCGAGCAUCAUUUUCAAUAGGUAAACUUUGUCUCCUUUCGAAAUCUAAAAGUAGUUUAAGUAUGCCGUGCAAAGAGGUUUAGAUUAAAAUGUCCUUCACUGGAAUGCGUUGGCACAAAAGGUCUUAAUGUCAUUUGAAGAUACAAUCUACCUGCUCUGGUGGCAUUAACAGUUGAACAAGCUGAUAUCUACAGUCUUUGUGCUUUAAGGUGACAAGUUUCCUGGCAAAACAUUGAGCCAUGGCCAUUUACUGUUGUCGACGCACUUGGCAUUGUUCACGGUCUACCAUGUGUACACUAGUGCUGGGUUGUGGAUUUGUGACACUGGGCAGCAGCCGAAUUCUUUUGGUCAAAUUUUCUGAAAAUUCAGAAGAUAGGUAUGACUACAUACCUGCCACUGUGAACAUAUGUGCAGAAGGCCUCAAACUGUUAUUUUGCUUGUUGAUGUCAGUGAGAGUGAUAGUACAAGAAGAACGCUCCUAUAGAGAUUUAUGUUUCUCUUCCUGGAAAGAUGUGAUACAUUUUAUGAAAUGGUCUGUUCCUGCAUUCCUAUAUUUCUUGGAUAAUUUAAUCAUCUUUUAUGUAAUCACCUACCUCCAGCCGGCUAUGGCUGUGUUGUUUUCGAAUUUUGUCAUCAUUACAACUGCAGUCCUCUUCCGAGUUGUUCUAAAGAGGCACUUAUCUCGGGUGCAGUGGGCAGCGCUGUUCAUCCUUUUUCUCUCCAUUGUGGCUUUAACUAGAACUGGAGGAGACCAACACAAUUCUGUCCAUGCUGCUCAGAAUAUUUCCUUUAUUCUACCCUCCAACAGUUGCCUUGCUUUUACACCUCAAGAAAGUGCUGCCUUGAAUUACAAAGGCUUUAAUUUUAAAAUGUUUUCAAGUGUCUCAUGGAAUGAGGCUGCUGUAAAAGUGGGAAAUUUAGGACUGGGACAUUUUCUUAUAUUGUUGCAGUGCUUUAUCUCUUCUUUGGCCAACAUCUACAAUGAGAAGAUUUUGAAGGAAGGUGAUCAGCUUUUGGAGAGCAUCUUUAUUCAGAACAGCAAGCUUUAUAUUUUUGGAGUACUUUUUAAUGCCCUGACCUUGGCACUUCACUUAAACUCCAGACUGCAAAUACAGCACUGUGGUUUCUUCUACGGGCACAAUGCAUUUUCAUUGUGCCUCAUUUUUGUAACAGCUGCAAUGGGACUUUCUGUGGCCUUCAUCUUGAAGUUCAGGGAUAAUAUGUUCCAUGUUCUUACAGGACAGAUAACAACUGUCCUCAUUACUGCAGCAUCUCUUUUCGUCUUUGACUUUAAGCCCUCCAUAGACUUCUUUUUACAGGCUCCAGUUGUGUUGCUAGCAAUUUUUAUAUACAGUGUAAGCAAGGCAGAAGACCCAGACUCUGUAUUACAACAAGAGAAGCUAAAGGUCAUCAAUGGUGAAAUAUAUGAACGAUCCAGGGGGGAUGGAGAGGAGCUGGAACUGCUGACCAAGACAGACACUGACACUGAUGAAGACUCCAUUUAGCAUAAUACAUUUUUCUAUUGUUAUAUGAACACUGAUUUCUGUGAAGCAGAAAUACAAUUAACAGUCCAAGCAAAACAAAAAAAAUAAUGUUUUUGGGUAACUUGAUAUUCAAGGAUUGCCAUGCUGGCAUUAUUUUAGGACACCUUGGCUCACUCAGGUAAAGACCAAUGGCUGGUUAAAUCAAACUGGAAACUCUUCAGAGGAAAUGUAUAUAAAAGGCUUUUGUAUAUUCUGCCUGUGUGUAUACCAUUGGGGAAAAAAAUAAUUUUUUCCACUCUGUAUUAUUUAAGUUGUUUCCAAAGGUAUUUUUUAAUUUGUUAGUUAAUAUUCAAAUCUAUGUGUUGAAGCACUACAACCAAAAAAGCACAAUCAAUCAAUCAAUCAAUCAAUUCAAUUUUAUUUGUCAUUUAGCAGAACAUCCAAGAUGUGCUGCAGAACGAAAAUACGAUGCACAAGACAUUAAUAAAAACACAUGGUUAAAAUCAGCCUACAAUAAAAUACUAAAAUGCUUCAUUUAAAAGACGAACGGCAGUAGGAAAAAAACUGUUUUUAAACCUGGUAGUUCUACAUUUCAGGCUGCGGUACCUUCUGCUUGAGGGCAUGAGGGAAAAGAGUUCAGAGGCAGGAUAAGUAGGGUCUCUAGAAAUCCGCACAGCUCUGGCCAGACAGCGUUGUUUUGCCAAGUCUUGUACAUUAGGCAACGGGGCUCCAAUGAUCCUCUCCGCAGCCCUCACCACUUUCCUCAGUGCUUUCCAGUCCGAAGCGCUGCAGCUCUCCUGCCACAGAGAGCUGCUGCUGGUUAGCACGCUCUCUAUGGUCCCUCUGUAAAAAGUGGUGAGGACUGACUUACUGAGAUGGGCCCUCUUUAGCCUCCGCAGAAAGAUCAAGCGCUGGUGAGCUUUCUUGAUGACGGAGGAGGUGUGCAGGGACCAGGUGAGGUUGUUCGUCACAUUAACUCCCAGGAACUUAGUAGACUGCACAAUUUCCACAGCAGUGUUCUUAAUGUAGACCGGGAUGUGUAUCAGCUGUUUCUUCCUGAAGUCGAUCACCAGUUCUUUUGUUUUUUCGACAUUCAGUAUCAGAUUGUUUUUAUCACACCAUUCCACAAAUGACUUCACCUCCUCUCUGUAAUCCCCUUCCCCGUCACCUCGAAUGAGACCCACCACUGUUGUGUCGUCCGCAUACUUAAUAAUUUGGUUUGUGCUGAACUUGGCACAACAAUCGUGGGUCAUGAGCGUGAAGAGGAGGGGACUUAGAACACACCCCUGUGGAGAACCUGUGCUCAAGGAGAUGGUAUCUGAUUUAUUCUUUCCUACCCGUACGUACUGUGGCCUAUCCAUUAGAAAGUCCAAUAUCCAGUUUUGCAGAGGUAUGCCCAGUCCCAAUGAGCCCAGUUUGCUGAUCAAAUUCUGAGGGAUGAUGGUAUUAAAAGCCGAACUAAAAUCAACAAACCGCAUGCGGACCAUAGCGUCUCUAUUCUCCAGAUGUUCCAAUGAAAAAUGGAGUGCAAUAGAUAUGGCAUCCUCUGUGGCACGGUUGGAGCGGUAGGCGAAUUGGAGUGGGUCAAAAGAGAAGGGUAGGACAGAAGUAAUGUGGUCCUUGAUCAGCCUCUCGAAACAUUUCAUCACUAUUGAUGUUAAGGCUACAGGGCGAUAGUCAUUCAUGGUUGUGACUAUGGGUUUUUUCGGAACUGGGAUGAUUUCUGAGGUUUUAAAGCAAGAUGGCACAACAGCUUGACACAGAGAGAUGUUAAAUAUAUCCGUAAGGACAUGUGUCAGCUGCUCCGCACAUCCUUUGAGUACACAACCUGGUAUCU